AUGAUUCUCACGAGUGAUGGCUGUGUCUACGGAUGGGGUGAUAAUAUGUUCGGACAGUUAGGUUGUGGACCAGACAGUGAUAUACGAAAAGGAGACAUAUUUCAAGUGAAUUUUACCCCAAAUAACAAAAUUAAAAGCAUUUAUUGCUGUGAAUACUCUUCAUUUGCCAUCACAUCUGAGGGACAGGUGUUUAGUUGGGGUCGAAAUGAUUUCUAUAAUUUGGGACACAAUUCAUCGGAUAAUAUAUGGGAACCACAACUCAUUGCAGACAUGACUGUUGUUUUCGAAGUCAAUGAUUACAAGCGUUUGUACGAAGAGUUGCAUUCAUUAGGUUCGGGAGCUUUUGGGGAAGUAUUUGUUGUUAAAGAAAAAUAUGAUGGACGAGAAUAUGCGGUUAAGAAAAUUAAAUUUGAAAGU